AUGCCGUGCACCACCACCUGUAUGGGUACUGGGGGUGGUGUGGUCGGCGCUGGACGGAACUCACGCAUCUCAGUGGAGGCUCCACCUCGGAGAGUCGUCGAGGGUGGCAACCCCGUGUUUGCUCUUGUGGCUGCUGCUGCUUCUGCUGCUGCUCAACUGGCGCACACAGACGCCUGUGGCGUCGAGGAGGGAUGCAUCUCCUUCUUCUCCAAGAAAUCACCAGCAGCGACCACGCCAGCCCAGGAAGCCUCUCGCAAGAGACCCCUUCCCGCAUCCGAGCAAGAAAAGCAGCUGCAAGGAUACCAGACGCACCCCGAGCAACCACAGGAUGAGGCUGCUGUACUGAAAAAGGCGAGAGCGACGGACGCGCCAGAAGGACGGCGCACAAAGAGGCACGACUUGGAGCAGCAGCAGCAGGAUGAGGGUGCAGAGGCAGCCCUCUUCGAUGAAGGGGAGGGCGAAGGCGACCAGGCAACAGCGUCAGAGCAGGCUAGGGCAGCUGCAGCAUCUGCAGUGUCUCUUUCAGCAUCGGCUGUAAAUACAGCGGGUUCUCCAGCUGCUGCGGCAGCGGCUGGAGACGGUGCAGAAGCAGCAGCGCCUUCUAAGGCGAUGCAGGCAACUCCAAAGAGCAAGGGGAAGAAUUUGAAUGCCACAAAGGCAGCAGCGUCAGCACCAGCAGCAAAGGCAGCAGCGUCAGCACCAACAGCAAAGGCAGCAGCGUCAGCACCAACAGCAAAGGCAGCAGCGUCAGCACCAGCAGCAAAGGCAGCAGCGUCAGCACCGGCAGCAAAGGCAGCGGCUACGGCAGAGGACACAGAUGGAGAGGCGUCUUCUAUUUCAGAAGAUGAAGACUUUGAAGACAUCGACGAGGAUGAGGAUGCCUCUACCGAAGGCAAGAAAACUAAAGGUAGGCUUAUUGUACGAAGAAUUGCUGCUUCGAGUGCCGAGGGGCAUCGCGCGCUGGCGCUGCUUAACGGCAGCAGCAGCAGCAGCAGCAGCAGCAGCAAGACAGGCAGCUUGUUUGCUUGCCGUGUAACCCAUCCGUCUGCGGAUAUCGCAUCUGCGGAGUUUGAUCCUGCACUCUUUGACGUCAAAGCGAACAGCGACGCCUGCGGAAACCUCUAUUUUUCGGUGUUGUCGGAUGCUCUUAAACGCGUUGAGGAGCUGAAGAAUAGCGGUGCAGGAAGUGCAAAGAAGCAGGCUUUAAUCCUGACGAACCUCUUCCGUAUUAUCAUCUUUUCUUGUCCUCAAUCUUUGGGUGCUGCGGCAUACUUUUGUCUGAAUCGCGUGGCUGCGGAUUUUUUGAAUGUUGAGACUGGAGUCGGUGAUGCGCUCGUUCUUCGGGCUAUGGCAGACACGUAUGGCGCCUCUGAGGCGAACUUGAAGAAGGAGUUGAGGCGCCUUGAAGACUUGGGCCUUGUCGCGGAGCAUUUGAACUCCCGCGUGCGGACCUUAGCGCCUCCGUGCCGGCUGUCUAUACACCGCGUUUUUAGUCGCAUGCAGCAGAUUGCGACGUGCAAUGGCAAGGCGGCUCAAAUGCGAAAGAAGGGACUCAUCAGGGAGCUUCUCGUGGCUGCCAAAGGCUCCGAGCCUCGCUUUAUCACACGUUUCCUGCAGCAGCGCAUGCGUGUCGGCUGUGGAUUUGCCUCGGUGUAUCAGGCCAUAGCCUUCGCGUUUUGUUUGACGCACAAUGCACGCGGCAAUUUUCCUGCCAUCGGCGAUGUGCGAACCUUCAAAGGGUCCGAGGACGCCUUCUUGGCCGCAGAUCUGGAGCCUGCGCUGAUGCAGCAGCAGCGCGAAGCAGCUGCAGAAGUAGCCGCUACGGCUCCCCCCCCGCCAAGGGAGGAGGGGAGGGAACGCCAGCGCCUCCUCCUCCCCUCGUCCUUCGCGCCUCCUACGCUCGAGCUCAUGCUCUCCCGCUUCGACACGGCUCUCAGGAGGGCCUUGUGCGAGCUGCCUUUCUUGGAUUUGCUGCUGCAGCAGCUGCUGCGGGGGGCAGCCGCCGAGACGCUGUCGCAGCUCUGCCCCUGCACGCCAGGCGUGCCGCUGCUCCCCAUGCUGGCGAGGCCUACUAAGGGCUAUGCGGAAGUCGCUGUCCACCUCAAAGACACGCAGUACACUUGCGAGUUCAAGUACGAUGGGGAGAGGAUUCAGGUUCACGUCCUCCCCCUCCACCAAUUCCAGGAGCUGCAGAAGCUGAUCGAGUGUCACUCGAACAAGGGUCUGCGAGCAGCGGUUGCGACAAGUCCUCUGAAAUCUACUGUCUCCUUAGCAGAAAAGGGAGAGAAAGAGGGCUCUGCCAUCAAUUCUGCUGCAAAUUCACCGCUGACAGUUCGUCUGUUUAGCCGCAGCCAGGAGGAUGUGACGGACCGCUUUCCAGAUUUGUCACGGUUGGUGCUGGAGAACCUCGCGAGUUCGACGCAGAGUUGUGUGUUGGAUGCGGAGGUUGUUGCAUACGACCCGGAGCAGAAUCAGCUGUUGCCCUUCCAAGUGCUGUCAACGCGACGGCGUAAAGGCGUAGAGGUCGGCGAGAUCACCGUGCAAGUGGCGCUCUUCCUGUUUGACUGCAUGCAUCUCAACGGCGUCUCAGCUCUCGACAAGCCCCUCAAAGAGCGCCGAGAACUCUUGCACUCGGCUAUCCACCUCUCGAAAAAUCCGAGAAUCCAACAGGCGAAACACCGGGAGACGCGCGACGAAGGCGAGUUCAGACAAUUCCUAAUGGACGCCAUCAAAAGCAAUUGCGAAGGUCUAAUGGUCAAGUCUCUGGGAGUUGACGCUCCCUAUGAACCUUCCCGACGUUGUAACUCAUGGCUCAAAGUGAAAAAAGACUAUGUCGAAGGCCUCACAGACACCGUCGAUCUGGUCCCCAUUGGCGCGUUCUAUGGCAAAGGAAAGCGGAGCGGUGUUUUUGGAGCAUAUCUCUUGGCAGUCUACGACUCGGGGGCUGAAGUCUUUCAGAGUACAUGCAAGGCAGGCACAGGAUUUUCUAAUGAGGAGCUGCAGUCGCAUUAUGAGAGACUCAAGGACCACACAAUUUGUGACAAGAAGCCGUAUUUCGACUGCGAACUGGAGCCAGACGUGUGGCUGGAUGCUACCGAAGUCUGGGAAUGCGCGGCAGCUGAUCUCUCGAUUUCGCCCGUGCAUACGGCGUCUCGCUAUGAAAGCUCGGAAGGAAAGGGCGUGAGCCUCCGCUUUCCCCGAUUUCUACGACUGCGAGAGGACAAGAAGCCGGAGCAAGCCACCACAGCCAGAGAGCUGUGGUGCUUGUACUUGAAUCAGUUCAAACAUCAUGACGAUCCUAAAGAUCUCUUAGAGCCCGCUGCGCCUGAAGCCAGCGUGGAGUCGACGCGCGAAGCGCAGCCAGUGCCCGUGGAGGUGGUAGAGGACGCGAUCGAAGGGGCGACGGACGAAGCAGGAAAAACAGAGGAAAACUCAUCGCGCGUUGAUUGA